UCCCAUCAGAUAAGAUAGUGAGCAAACGGAGGGAGGAAGCGAGCCCUGUUACUUUCAGCAUGUGCUGGAGCGGCAGCCGAGCUCUCAGCGCUGGAUGUCCGCUCACCGCCCGCUAGAGAUCCGUCCGCAGCCCCGCACGUUGGAAGAUGCCCGGUUCUAUUUAACACUAUCUAAACCUUUUCCUGUUUAACGCGACACAUUCUCAUGGCGUCUCUACAACAGUCAAGAAUUCAGUCAUACCUGGAGAAGAAUAAAAUCGGACCCUUGUUUGAGGAGAUGAUGACCAAACUGAUAACUGAGACACCAGACCACCCCAUUCCUUUCCUCAUUGGCCAUCUGCAAACCAAGCAGGAGAGUCCCGGCAGGCUUCAGAGGACCCUGUCGGGAUCUGCAGCGCUGUGGGCCGAGAGCUCCUCAGAAUACAAAGGCACACGACGGGACUCCAGGGGUUAUGAAAAACCUUGGCAGAUCCAUCCCAAGAAGCCCAAGAAAUCAAAGAGCGACCUGGCCGUGUCCAACAUUUCCCCUCCGUCUCCUGAGUCUAAAUCAUUGCCUCGUUCAAUACUGCGCCCUACCUGGGAUUGGAGGACCAAACCUGAGAGUCGAGACUUUGAUGAACUCAAUCACAUACUGCAAGAGAGCAAGAAGCUCGGUAGAGCCUUGGAGAACCUGUCCCGCAGCAUUGCUGUUUCCGAUGACUUUGACCUGGAUCCUCGGGCGUAUAACUCUUUACUGAGGCCGCGGGUGGUGGGUGAGUGGGUGGGCCGUGAGGAGGAAGAUUCGGAUCCCCUUGCGGCUGAGAUGCUUCAGCCCCCCGUCCCAAGAGCCAAAACUGAGGGUUGGGUGAGCAAAGACAACAGCCCUGUUGGAAGCUUAAAAAUGGAGACCAAGGGUAAAGGCCUAAAACAGCAGCAACAGAAUCACAAGAAACUUCUGGCAGCCAUGUUGUCUCAGGACUCGUUUGACUCCAUGCCUGAUUCGGCUCCCUCAGUAACUGAAGACGAGAUGGAAGAUGAGGACGACGCCAUGGAGCUGCUGGAGGAUCUGGAUGACCUGCGAAUGGAGGGGGUCACCGGCCUGUUGCCGUCCGGCAGUAAGUUCAGCCAGGGCCGCAGCUCCUACUGUUCGGAGCCCCAGGCCAAAGUCACUCUCAACAUCUGCUCAAGGUGUGCAAGGCUGCAAGGGGACAGUCUAACUGCAAGGCCUGAAGAGGAACCAGAACCCCAUGUCCCAGAGCAAGCUGUGCCAGAAAUACCUUGUCCAUUACCCGCGGUGACAGAAACCUUGACAGCAGCAGAAGACCUGCAGACGGCCUCUCAGGUGACAGGGCAGCGUCACCCUGUCUGGGCAUCGGAUGUGAAGCCAAUCAGAGGCACGAGCCCCCAGACGGCCAGACGUGCUCUGCAACUCCAGGACUCGCUUUUCUCCAAAGAACUGGAGAACAUGGGCAAACAUCUUGCCGAGGUGGAGAAGGACUUGGCCAAACUGGCAGAGCAAGGGAAGCUGAACCGAAGUCCAAACAGCCCUCAUAGGAGUUUGCUUUUAACCCCCCUCUUCCACACCACUAACACUCUGCCUGUGCUCGGACAGACGUCCAGACCACAGUCUCCCAGCAGCCUUUCCACAAAGACCACAGGCCUGCCACUUCACAACACUAAACCCACAAGCCUAGUCAUGGGCCGGACAUCUCCCAGCAACCCCAGCAGCCGUGCCCAGACCCCUAGUGGAGCACGGACGCCCAGCAGACCUUUGACCCCUAAUAGCCUCAUGAUGCACUCGUUGACUGGCGGAAGCCUUGGGAACAAAGAACGUGUGUAUGGGCGCUCGAGAAGCAGACCUGUCACACCAACGGGACAGAUAACCAGACCGAUCCUCACACCGCCAGGCCUGAGCACUACAGAUUUAUAUGGAGGUCUAUGGAGCACACUGACAGAGGAUGAGUUUUACCAGCAGUUGCAGGCGGUCAGGAAGCCUUGGCGCAUCCCUAGCGACACAGAGAGUGACUGUCUGGAACCACCUGAGCAGGACAAGUGUAAUCCAAGUGGAGUGAGGGAUGCCAGCAAGAGAUCGGUGUUCUCAGGCUUGUAACGGUGCGUACGGCGGACACAGAGCCAAUCAAACAUUUAUGCAAUUUAAAGGGGCAUUUGAAUAUUGCGAGUCAACAAGAGACACUUAUUUUUUUAAUUUUGACCAGAAGAAAGAUUGUGUACUUUUUUUCCACAGAGGCCAAUAUUUCUUAGAAAUAAAAAUGUUACAAUUCUAGAAUGUAAUGUGUUUAUCAGAAAAAGAUAAGCCUGCACUUGAACUUUUUUUGUCUGUCAGCAUGCUUAGUUGUCUGUUCAUAAAAGUAUUUAUUGCUGCCUUGCAUUAAUUAAACACAAUUUAUCACAUGAUGUGCCAAAUCAAAGGGAUUUUUGAUAAUUCUUUUCAAUAACAAUCAACAAAAGUGGACGUUUUAUGGCAUUAGCAGUGAAUAUGAAUGUUAGAAAUGUAUGUAUAAUGUUGGACAUGCACAGCACUGCCCCUGCUGACCUCAGCAUGACACUCUCUCAUUCCCAACAGCAUUGUGUGUCUACAACUGGAGACGACACAUUUCUAUAGAACUUACUUUGACUUUUAUACCCACAGAAAUAUAUGUAGCCUGUUACACCUGUUAUAUCCUUGUAUAAUGCCAAAUAAAAAGA